AUUAUAUAUUAUGAUGAUCCUGAGUGCCAUUUAAAAAUAACUUUGGCGAUAAAAAAUUCUUGUAAGCUCUCGCUCUUUGUGGGAGGAACAAUAAUUGUCAUAUCUAUUGAUAAUUAAUAUGAGCAUCAACAGUUCCUAUUUCCCGUGGUACUCAUUGAAUGACAGUUUUAGGGAAGCCAUGGGGAAAGAACAAGAUCUAACCAAUUCUAUCAAGCAUCCCCUCCUAAUAACCAUAAUUUAUUGCCUGGCCUACGGGCUGAUAUUCGUAAUUGGACUCAUUGGCAAUACUCUGGUCAUUGCCGUUGUUAUGCUGAACCCCAGAAUGAGAAAUCCGACUAACUUAUUCAUCGCCAAUUUGGCCUUCGCAGAUUUGUUAGUAAUUAUUCUUUGCGUUCCAUCCACACUCUUAGUUAAUAUAUAUCAAGGAUGGAUCAUGGGUCCUUUUUUUUGCAAGAUCAUUCCAUGGCUGCAAGGUGUCUCAGUUACUUCUUCAGUUGCAAAUUUAUCGGCCAUAGCAAUCGACAGGUACUUAGCCAUAUGCCAAAAUAUAAAUAUUAAAAGAUCUUCUGAGAAAAGGAUACGUAUAACCAUAAUAUUGAUGUGGAUAUUCUCAUUAAGCAUAACCUCGCCCUGGUUAUACGUUUUCAAAUAUUACCCAUUCAGAUAUUCCGAUAAUGAUUUGCACGGAUUUACUAGUAUAAAUUUACCUUCUUGCGCUCAUUCAAAUAAUGACAAAAAUGUAUCAACCAAAACGUACAAGUUUUUCAGCACUAACUUUACCAAUACUCAUAAUUACAACUACGAUUACUCUCAAAACCUUACAAAUUUAACAACUAUAGUAAAUUUUAAUCUUAGUCGCAUUAAGGGUCUUAAUUGGUCUAACAAUCCGAUUUACCAUAAUCACCUAAUUUACGUGUGCUCUGAAAUGUGGACCCACGAAAUUUACAAAAAAAUGUAUUUUUUGUUUAUUCUAUUCGGGCUUUUAUACUUUCUUCCAAUGUUUAUAAUUUCAUCCUGUUAUUUUAUGAUCUGGAAAACCGUUUGUCGCCGAAAACUCCCACGACCAUUUUCUUACAACGAAAAAUCUCAAGAUAUUGUCAAAAAGUCUAAAAUUAAAGUAGCCCAAUUGCUUCUUUUCGUUAUGAUAUUGUUCGCCAUUUCCUGGUUACCGCUAUAUGUGUACGGGUUUCGAGUUAAUUUUAGUCGAAAUAUUUUUUCUUCGAAUAAACCUCAGAUUUCUUUAGAUUAUAAUUUGAAUAAUAUCUAUUUUGCGCCUAAAUUAGUGAACAGUUCUUUGAUUCAAUAUUUGUUGGGUGUCUCGGACAAAGAAGUUAAUGAGAUAAGAUAUUUUAAAAAAUAUAUCAUCAAUAAAAUUAGCAACAGGUUACCUGAAAAUAUCAACCAGUUAUACCCUCAAUCUUUUUUCGGCAAUUUUUCCAAAUUUCUAUUACAAGAUAAUGAGCAAACUUUUUUGAGUGUGUGCAAAAAUAUACGCGGUCAUAAUAAACCCGAUGGUAAAGGGUUCAAUUUAAGUGUAACAUCGCUGAAUAGAUAUAUAAGUUACUUGACACAAACUUAUUUAUGUGAAUUAGAUCUCAAUCCUGAUAAGAGUAACAUAACUCGGGUGAAUAAAAUGCAAAGGGAUCAUAGCAUUCAUAUUAUGAAUAAUCUUAUACGUCCUUUAACGCAGUGGCUUGGUUUAGCUAACAGUUGUAUAAACCCGAUAUUGUAUACCUUCUUCCAUAAAAAAUAUAGGGAGGGCUUUAAAUUAUUAUUAUCCACAUUGAUUUACAAAAUCAUGUUAUGCAUUUGUUACGGAUCCCCCGAUAUGUCCGAGAGAAUCCGAGAAAAUCUAAGGAGGAAAAAAUCUAGAUCAACGAUGAUCACUUACAAUCCGAAUUUACAUUAUAAAAAUAGUACGAGGUCUGUGGUGAGUUUGAGUCGAAACGAGUCUAUUGGGUAUACGUCGUCAUUUAAAAAAAAUUCCGAAAAAAGAAGUAAUAAAGGUCCUAAUACCGAACUAAAUAAUAAUUUAUUAGUAGUCGUUCUCAAAAAAAAUUAUAACGGAGGUAGGAAGAAACAUAAAAUUUACAAAAAUGGAGUUAAUGGCGGCUUAGUAACGGAUGAGUCUCCUAAAGAUAUUUGUUUGAAAGAUUUCUAUAGAAAUAAUAACAACGUAACUAUCAGAAAUACCUGGGAUAACAUUUACACACCCAAUAAACGGAUUUAUAAAGAUAUAAACGAAAAAAAUAAGGGAAUUUAUCGCAGAUCCAUUGGAACAACAAUGAAGGAAAAUUUGUUAGUGUACAAAAACAGUCAGCUAAAUGAUGUAAGUUCGGACUCUGAUGCGAAAACCCUAAAUAAUAGGUUGGAAUCAAAUGAUGUGGAUGAAUCUAUAUUUUAUUGAAUUAAAGUUGAAUGAUUUUUUUUUAUACCUUUGUGAUAUAUACAAUAAUUUAGUAGUAAAAGAUCUAAUAGAUUAUUACGAAUAAGAAAUAUAAACUUAAAUGAUACCGUUCUUCCAAUUAUAAAAAUAUAGUUUGUAUUAUAAAUU